CAAUGGUAAGUAGAACUAUUUUUUAUAGGGCAUAUAUAGAUGUAUAGUAUAUAUUUUUAACAUUUUCCAGGAAACUCUGUAAAAAGAUUCAUUACAACUUCGAAUUUUAACGAUGAAGAGGAUUCAUCAAAGGCGGUUACCCCAUCCAGCAACAACGUCCAUGUAUCUGAUGAAGGUAACUUAUGUUUUAUUUUUCUCAAUUCUAUGUACCAAAAUAUGUAUUUCCACAACAGUCUCAUCCAACAAUAACGUCGGUGGGCCCAAUGAAGGUAACAUACACUUAUACAUAUGUUAUUUUUCUUAACAUACAUGUUAAAUUUUUGUCGAAAUAUUUACAGACGUAGAUGUACUUCAAGCGCUGCUGAUAAAACUACAAACGAUCGAAAUGAAUCAACAAAUAUUGAGCGAAAACCAAUCGCUGAUAUGUGAAAAAUUGAAUUAUAUUAUGGAAAAUUCCACACCCAAAUGCGAAACAUCGGCACAGCACCAGUUAUUACGGGAAUGCAAAGUCUCGAUUAAGAAGGUAGAACAUUCCGUCUGUCGAAUGACAGGCGAGCUGCGAGAUAAGCAUAUGGACGACGUUGCGAGUGCAUUGCCUCUCCAGACCUCAAUAGCAGUGUUAAAUGUGGAGGACAAUCUUAAAAUACCGGAGUACGCGCGGGCAAUGACAUCACACCUGCAUAAAAUUAAAGGGGUUUCCGAAGAUGUUCCGUCCGUCGUCAGACAGAUUUUUACGGAUAAAUUGAUGGGCGCCUACAACUGCGAUGGCAGAUGCGAAAAGAAGGCCCUGGUCAAGCUUAAGCUGUUUGAUUCCAUUCUACGAGAAAUCUUCAAACUACAAGGAAGUUUCGAUUUUGAACGAGGCGUUAAAAAAGCAGUGGAACUUAGCCAUCACCGGAUGUCGCAAAAAAAAUUUGCAAAGAAGUCGAAGAAGGAGGCUCAUUAAACUUAAAUUUAAAGUUAAUAAUUAAUUAGUUUUUAUUCUUUUCAACCCCUUUUUUCAACAUUAACUUACUACUAGCAUGAAGCUAUAGCUAAAAAUUUUUUUUAAUGAAACAAGUAU